CAAAAGUUAUACAUAACCUAAAAGAUUACGCAUGGUUCGUACGCAAGCAAGGUUUUUAGACGUCCAUCCAGCAUCCAGGUGAUUAAGAAGAAUAAAAAAAAAACAAAAGAAUGAAUAGCUCGAAGAAAACGCAAAAGACCGGCCCGAUCGACAAUGCAUGGUCGUUGAAAAUACCAGAAUUUAAAGAAGAGGAUAAUCCACAUCGUCUUCUCGUGGAAAGUUCAUUUGCGACAAUGUUUCCAAAGUACCGCGAGCAAUAUUUAAAGGAACAUUGGCCUCUGAUUCAAAAAGCGUUAGCCGAGUACCACAUCAAGGCUGAGCUGGAUCUAAUUGAAGGAAGCAUGACAGUGAAGACUACAAGGAAGACUUGGGAUCCAUAUAUAAUCAUCAAAGCACGCGAUGCGAUCAAGCUUAUGGCUCGUUCAGUUCCUUUUGAGCAGGCUGUUAGAGUUCUCCAGGAUGACAUCGCCGCAGACAUCAUAAAGAUAUCCUCCUUUGUCAGAAACAAGGAGAAGUUUGUCAAAAGGAGGCAAAGGCUUAUUGGACCAAAUGGAUGUAGUCUGAAAUCCAUUGAACUGUUGACUAAUUGUUAUGUUGUGGUUCAAGGCCAAACUGUUUCAGCACUGGGACCUUAUAAAGGUGUACAACAAGUAAGAAAAAUAAUAGAAGAUACUAUGAAAAAUGUUCAUCCAGUUUAUAGUCUCAAGACAUUGAUGCUUAAACGAGAGCUUUCUAAAAAUCCAAAAUUAAAGAAUGAAAAUUGGGAACGAUAUCUUCCUAAGUAUAACAGCAAGAAUAUAAGUAAGCGCAAAGAACCAAUGAAAAAGAAGGAGAAGAAACCGUACACUCCAUUCCCACCACCUCAACAAGAAAGCAAAAUUGAUAAGGCAAUGGCAUCUGGUGAAUACUUCUUAAAGGAGGAACAGAAGAGGGCGAAGAGAAAGAAGGAACAGGAAGCGAAACACGAAGAGGCAACCAAGAAGAGACAGGAGCGUAGAGCACAAGCAUUUGUACCACCUGAAGAAAAACCUGUUGAAAGUGAAACUGCAAAGACUGACAUAGACAUUGCUGAAAUAAAAAAGAAAGUUCAAAAAGGAUUGAUAAAGCGUUAAACAAAAUAAUACAUGUGGUCAUUUUUUUAAACAUUAAUGACACAGUAUGAGAUAUA